AGCCUGCUGGUGUCAACCCGGAUCCUGCUGGAGCUGGUGGCAGCCGGUGGCUGUUGGCAGCCCAGAAGCCCUCCUGCACCUCCCUCUCUCCCUACCUCUAUAUCCAGAACUGGCAAAUUUAUGUGGAAAUGAAAUUGAUUCCUGCUUGAGGCUGCCAUCCUAAAUAGUAAAUGGUAAAAGAAUGUGGGAUAAUCCAAGUCUCCGAUGUCGCCUAGCAAUAGUUUUCUUAUAUUUGCUGAGUUUAAUUUACAGUCAAGAGACAGGUUUUUCAGAAGCACUUCAGAAUUUGAAAUGUAUCACACAUGAUUUAAACAGGACGACGUGUUCCUGGGAUGCUGCCUCCAGUAGAAACUUUGGACUGACAUAUAAGAUUUGUUAUUGGGACAGUGAGUCCUCCUCUUCAGUGUGUAUUGAAACUGAGGAAAAAAGAGUAGACAUUCCCAUCACAAUUGGCUCCACUACCCUAGAGAUAACCACACUAAAUGCUUCUGGAACUACUUUAGCUACUGAAACAGUUGUAUUGCAUGAGAAAAAUGUUUCAUUUAUUCCUCUCACCCCCCAAAUUCUUAGUCUGAGUCCUGACUUUUCAACUUACACAUUAUAUCUGGAGUGGAACGAUAGUGGCUCAGUUUUCCAGUAUGAAUUAGAUGCCCACUGGCAGAUUCAGAUUCUGCGUAAGGAAACAAUGGAGACAGUGACACUAGUGAAUUAUGAUUCGAAAUUGACUGGUAAAGACACUAUUCUUUCUUGGAAAUGGACAUCUGAUAUACCUUUGGAGUGUACUUCACACUAUGUGAAAAUUAGAUGUUAUAUUAAUGAAUCGUAUUUUCAUGGUAGGAAGGAAUGGAGUGAAUGGAGCCCAGUUAAAACAGUUCCUGGAAAAGAUAAUGAGCCCAAUAGCGCUGAGGUUUUUCCUCAGGACAAAGUGGUACUAGUGGGUUCAAAUGUGACAUUUUGCUGUUUAUACAACGAAGGGGAAAGUAUACAAGACAUGAAAUAUGGAUCAGAAAGUUAUCCAAUCCUUCACCUCAGCAAACAGAGCAGUGCAAUCAAAGUGCAGAAUGUCAGUGCUUCAAUUUCUAGUGGGACAAACGUAUGGUGCUCGCUGCCAGAUAACAAAAUAGCAGGAACAGUAUUAUUUGUAGGACAUGCCCCUGAUAAUCCACAAAACCUAAACUGUGAAACACGUACCUUUAUUAAUAUAACAUGUAGCUGGAAUCCAGGCAGACCCACUGAACUCUAUGGGCAACGGCAAACAAAGUAUAUUUUAUUUGAAAGAAUAUCCAGAGAAAAUGUUACAUGCAAAAAAUUGAAUAAGAAACAUCGCUGUGACUUCCCAGUGCAUACCAAUCAGAAAAUCUACAGUUUCACACUAGUAGCUUCCAAUCCUCUCGGUCAAGCAGAAUCAUCACUCUUAAUUGAUGUAAAUCAAAGAGUUCAUCUAGGAACUCCUGAUAAAUUCACCGUGAACACUAAUAGUUCAACAAGUGCCCAUCUGUCUUGGUAUAUACCUGGCAACUAUAUUCAAAUAAGACUUCUGUGUCAAAUUGAAAUUAGCAACAGUAAUUCAGAACAACAACUGAAUGUUUCAAUGGCUGGUGCGGAAAACUCAAUUUACAGAGCUAGAGUGGACGCGUUACAUCCAUUUACCAUGUACGCAUUUAGAGUACGCUGUUCAGCUUCUGAGCACUUCUGGAGGUGGAGUAAAUGGAGUAAGCAGCAAAAUUGCAGUACUUUGGAAGCCCCUCCUGUCAGAGGACCAGAUAUCUGGAGAGAGAGAAGUCCUGUCGGAGAAACUCUAACAAUCUUUUGGAAGCCAUUACUUAGAUCUGAAGCAAACGGAGUAAUACUUUCCCAUGAAGUGUCAUGUUAUCAGCAAGAGACGAUGCUGAACGCUCGUGACGUCCCUGUACCUUUGAAUAGCACUGAAAUAAAACUUGAGGAAAAUGAUUGCUUAAUUAGCGUAGUAGCCAAAAAUCGUGCUGGCUCAUCUCCACCUUCUAGGAUAACUAGUGUAGAUCUUCCAAGUGACAAUGUCAAAACAGAGCAGGCAAUUGCAACUGGAAAUGGAAUUUACAUUUCUUGGCAUUCCGACCCCAAUGUGACCUGUGGCUACACGGUGAAAUGGUGUUGUUCAUCUGGACCUGAACCCUGUACUGUGGAUUGGAAAACAUUUCCUUCAGAUGCAACAGAUGCUGUGAUUAAAUCUGAUGUGUUUCAACCUGGUGUGCGAUACAAUUUUUCACUAUAUGGCUGCAAACAUAAUGGAUAUCAGUUAUUACAGAAUAUAACUGGAUAUAUGAAAGAAUUGCCUCCAAAGGUAGCACCAAAUUUUACUGUGGAAGAAACCUCUUCAGAUUCAAUCUUAGUAAAAUGGGAAGACAUUCCUGUUGAAGACUGCCAGGGGUUUUUAAAGGGAUAUAUGCUUUGCUUUGCAAAAGGGGAGAAAGGUACUUCAAAGCCUAGUUUUAUGGAAAAAGGAUCUCCUGAGCUAUCAGUUAAGAAUAUUACUGACCUAUCAAAAAAGUCUUUGAGAAUCCUUGAUCUUCAAGGCAAAACAAGUUACCGACUGGACUUACGAGCCUAUACUGAUGGUGGACUAGGCCCAUCAAGAGACCUUUAUGUGGUGACAAAGGAGAACUCCAUGGGGUUGAUCAUUGCCAUUCUAAUCCCAGUGGCAGUGGCUGUUGUGCUUGGAGUGGUGACCAGCGUCCUUUGCUACCAAAAGAGGGAAUGGAUUAAUGAAACGUUUUACCCGGACAUUCCAAACCCUGAGAACAGUAAGGCUUUGCAGUUUCAGAAGAAUAUAUGUGAGGGGAACACAGCUCUUAAAACCUUGGAAAUGAAUCCUUGCACUCCAAAUAGUGUGGAAGUGGUGGAAACGCGAUCCACAGUCCCUAAAAUAGAAGACACAGAAAUUAUGUCCCCAGUAGCAGAGAGCGAGCUUCCUGAAGAUGGAUCUGACCUAGAAACAGGAAGCCAUGUGGUGCUGUCAUACUGCCCAGCAAUCAUUGAGGAGGAGAUCUCCAGUCCACCAAUAGAUGAACCUGUGGGAUCUUCUCAAGUCGUUUAUAUUGACAUUCAGUCAAUGUAUCAGCCUCAAGUUAGUCUAGAGGAAGAGACAGAUAUUAACUUUGUCACUACAGCAGGCUAUAAGCCACAAAUGCAACUGCCAAUUAAUGCUAUGAAAAUGGAGAGUCACUCACCCGCAGAAGAGGACAUAGAUAAAACUGCGGGCUACAGACCUCAAGCAAACACUAAUGCCUGGAAGUUAGACUCUCCAGACUCUCCUGUAUCCAUUGAAAGUAACAAUGAAAAUGGAUCUUUUGGAAGUCCGUGUUCCAUUAAUUCUCGGCAAUUUUUGAUCCCCCCAAAGGAUUAUGAAGACGCUUCCACCUCUAACAACACAGGAUGGUCCUUUACAAAUUUUUUUCAGAACAAACCAAAUGAUUAAUAAUCACAGUAAUCAUCAUUUCAUCUGAACCUGCCACUCAAUAAGUUCUUGUCCCUAGUGUUGUCAUAACAGCAUGGGUUAUCCUUGGAGACAGUCAGCAGCAUUUUUUUAUGAGCUAAAUAUUAUCAUGUGUAAGUUAUAGUUAAAGUGUUAAUGUUCCAUUUUAAUACAGACUAAAACUCCAACUUUAUAGAAAUUCAGUUAUUACAGUAGUAAGAUACAGGGGUUUUGAGGUUAGAUCUCAUAAUCCUAGCCAAAAAACUGUCUGUUUUCAAGUUGUCCUUCAAGAUCAUGCAGCUUGUUACUUUAAAGGUGUUCUGCUUCUGUAGUUCAUUGGUUCUUAUGAAUAUUCAGAAUGACUAAAGUAGUUUAUAGACUGUCUAAAUGGGGGGUGAUGGUGAUAGGGAAACUUUCAGCCUAACAGUUGCAAAUGUUAAUUAAAUCUGUUACCUAGACAUUAAAAUUAGCACUUUAAUCUUAGUUUAAGUCCCAUUGUUAAAAAUAUCAUCGUAUUUUAACACUUUAAAGAAUGUCUAUUCAUGUUUGUUGUUUGAUAACCAGAACACUAGUUUCUGUACCUACUGUACAAUGUUUAUUCAGUAUCUGACUCAGGGGUACAAACAUGGAAAAUGUGUGUAACACUGACUUAAACUAAACAAGAACUGCAAAAUGUUUAAA